AUGGACCGGUGGCGCAAGCUACACGGUCGGCGCCUCGAUCACGAAGAGAGGGCCCGAAAGAGAGCAGCACGAGAGGGCCACAAGGCGUCAGAAGAUGCACAGAAGCUGACUGGAUUGCGGGCGAAAUUAUACCAGAAGAAGAGGCAUCAUGAGAAGAUCCAGAUGAAGAAGCAAAUCAAGGCCCACGAAGAGCGCAAUGUCAAGUCGUCCGCCCCCAACGAGCCUUCCAGCACUCCUCUGCCGCAAUAUCUUCUUGAUCGGUCAAAUCCUACAAAUGCGAAAGCUCUGUCAAGUGCGAUCAAGAACAAGCGCGCCGAGAAGGCGGCCAAAUUCUCUGUUCCUCUACCGAAAGUUAGGGGAAUUGCAGAGGAAGAAAUGUUCAAGGUCGUGAAGACGGGCAAGAAAACUGCGAAGAAGGGCUGGAAGAGAAUGAUUACAAAACCUACAUUCGUCGGACCAGACUUUACCAGAAGACCUGUCAAAUACGAGCGUUUCAUCCGUCCCAUGGGUCUGCGUUACAAGAAGGCCAAUGUCACUCACCCGGAAUUAGGUGUUACCGUGCAGCUUCCAAUUAUCAGCGUUAAGAAAAACCCCCAGAAUCCAAUGUACACUCAGUUGGGCGUUUUGACCAAGGGCACAAUCAUCGAGGUCAACGUCUCUGAGUUGGGUUUGGUGACAGCUGGAGGCAAGGUUGUCUGGGGUAGAUGGGCGCAGAUCACAAACAACUGUGAGAACGAUGGAUGUGUAAAUGCUGUUUUGCUCGUUUGA